UCGGGUCUGGCUUUCAGAAAUCCACCGGUCUUAUUCAUGAAAGGUCAAAAUUCACUACUUGCUGAGCACCUAUUAUAAGCCUGGUUCUAUUGUAGAUGCAAAAGGUCCAUUGAUGUGGACCUUAGCAAGUUACCUGCCCCAAACACAGGUAUAUGGGGAGCUACUAACGAAGUCAUCUCCAUGUUAGUUGCUCUCCCACCACUACCCUUGGGCCAGAGAGACCAAAGCCAUUGCACCCAGCUGUGCCAGCUGGUGACAACGGAGAAAGAGCAAGCGGUAGUACUCCGUGUGGGCAAAAGAUGCAGACGCCCUGAGCAGGUGGGCCAGGCUCAGCCCUGGUGGGUGUUGCUGGAGAGGGGGCUAGGUACGGUGAGGACUCUGCCUGCGGGGGCGGAGGGCGCGGAUGUGGGAAAGCAGACUCUGCCCGCAGUUGCCUGGGCCGCCGCGCCUGACCGCCGAGCUGCGCUCGCCUGCUCCCCGCCCUCUGGGACCGUGGUGAAGCUCUGUUCCCCAUACUGAGCAGUCCCCCGGAGGCGCUCGGACACGUCCCUAGGCUGGAUAAAGAUCGACUCGGAGCUCGCUCCCCAGCGAGAAAUCUCGCCAUCGGCGUGGCUCGCGCGGCCGCUCUGGCCGGGCCUGGGAGCCGCCAGAUCGCUAUCUGGGAGGCAGAAAGACAGCAGCGCGGCCGCUACCCCCCGCCCUGCGCUCCGCGUGGCUGCGGGGUCCUGGGGCUCGCCGGCCUCCCUUCCCCCCCUUGCACUGCCUUCCCCGCGCUCCCCCCCCCCCCGGGGACAUCCGCUUCCCGCCCGCCCGGUCCCCAGCGUCCCUCAAGGCGCCCUCUCCCCACUCGCCAGGCCCCGCUGCCUCCUGAAGGUUACGCGGCGCGGCGGCGGGGCGCGGCAGAGCACGGGGGGCACCCGCCCUCGCCGCCGCCCGCGCCGCCGCCCACCCCAAUGCCCGCCGCGCCGGGCCAGCCUGGCUGCCGGCUGCUGCCACCGCAAUCCCGGCUCCUAAAUCAGCGCGGGGAGGCGCCCCUUCCCCCACCCGGCUCCUCGGGCUCCCCGGGCCGCGAUUGGCCGCGCGUGCGCCCCCCAAGCUUGGGCCCCGGCUCCAGCUGCCGCGCCAUUGGCUGCGGGCCUCCGCCAGCCUUUACAUAAGCCCGGGCGCGCUCGAGUGGAGUUGUAUAAAGCGAGCGCGCGGCGUCGGGGCGGGAGGCUCGAGGCCAGCCCGGGACCAGGGCUGGGCGCUGCAAGGCGGCGGCGCCAGCGGCAGAGGCAGCAUCGAGCGCCCGCGCUCCGACGCCCCCAAGCGGUGGGGCUGAGAGAGCCAGAGGAUGGCUCCGAGCGCUGACCCGGGCAUGGUCAGGAUGGCUUUGCUCCUGCUGCCGCCCCUGUGGCUUCUGCCUCUCACUGGGGGAUCCCAGAGGGCUGAGCCCAUGUUCACUGCAGUCACCAACUCAGUCCUGCCCCCUGACUAUGACAGCAACCCCACCCAGCUCAACUAUGGAGUGGCAGUGACAGAUGUGGACCAUGAUGGGGACUUCGAGAUCGUUGUGGCGGGGUACACCGGCCCCAACCUGGUUCUGAAGUACAAUCGAGCCCAGAAUCGGCUGGUGAAUAUUGCGGUGGACGAGCGCAGCUCACCCUACUAUGCUCUGAGGGACCGUCAGGGGAACGCCAUCGGGGUCACAGCCUGUGACAUCGAUGGGGACGGCCGUGAGGAGAUCUACUUUCUCAACACCAAUAACGCCUUCUCAGGUGUGGCCACAUACACAGACAAGUUGUUCAAAUUCCGAAAUAACCGGUGGGAAGACAUCCUGAGUGAUGACGUCAAUGUGGCCCGUGGAGUGGCCAGCCUCUUUGCGGGACGCUCCGUGGCCUGUGUAGACAGGACGGGCUCUGGAAGAUACUCUAUCUACAUAGCCAACUAUGCCUAUGGUGAUGUGGGGCCUGAUGCCCUCAUCGAAAUGGACCCUGAGGCCAGUGACCUGUCCCGGGGGAUCCUGGCACUCAGGGACGUGGCGGCUGAGGCUGGGGUCAGCAAGUACACAGCGGGCCGGGGUGUCAGCGUAGGCCCCAUUCUCAGCAGCAGUGCCUCAGAUAUCUUCUGUGACAACGAGAACGGGCCCAACUUCCUCUUCCACAACCAAGGCAACGGUACCUUUGUGGAUACUGCGGCCAGUGCCGGCGUAGACGACCCUCAUCAGCAUGGCCGAGGUGUGGCCCUGGCAGAUUUCAACCGUGACGGCAAAGUAGACAUCGUCUAUGGCAACUGGAACGGCCCACAUCGCCUCUAUCUACAGAUGAGUGCUCACGGGAAGGUCCGGUUUCGGGACAUUGCUUCGCCCAAGUUCUCCACGCCCUCCCCUGUCCGGACUGUCAUUGCUGCCGACUUUGACAAUGACCAGGAACUGGAAGUCUUCUUCAACAACAUUGCCUACAGAAGCUCCUCAGCCAAUCGCCUCUUCCGUGUCAUCCGCAGGGAGCACGGGGACCCUCUCAUCGAGGAGCUCAAUCCUGGUGACGCCCUAGAGCCUGAGGGCCGGGGUACAGGGGGCGUAGUGACCGACUUCGAUGGUGAUGGGAUGCUGGAUCUCAUCUUGUCACAUGGAGAGUCCAUGGCUCAGCCACUGUCUGUCUUCCGGGGAAAUCAGGGCUUCAGCAACAACUGGUUGCGUGUGGUACCUCGCACCCGGUUCGGGGCCUUUGCCAGGGGCGCCAAGGUUGUACUCUACACCAAGAAGAGUGGGGCGCACCUACGGAUCAUUGAUGGGGGUUCCGGCUACCUGUGUGAAAUGGAGCCUGUGGCACAUUUUGGCCUGGGACGGGAUGAAGCCAGCAGUGUGGAGGUGACGUGGCCAGAUGGCAAGAUGGUGAGCCGAAGUGUGGCCAGCGAGGAGAUGAACUCGGUGUUGGAGAUCCUCUACCCCCAGGAUGAGGACAAACUUCAGAACACAGCCCCACUAGAGACACCAAUGAAUGCAUCCAGUUCCCAUUUGUGUGCCCUCGAGACAAACCCGUAUGUGUCAACACCUAUGGAAGCUACAGGUGCCGGACCAAUAAAAGAUGCAAUCGGGGCUAUGAACCCAAUGAAGACGGCACAGCCUGUGUGGCUCAAGUGGCCUUUUUAGGUGGGUACUCAUCGGCUGCCUUUAGACUCUCUGAGCCUCUCUCUCAGGCCUCGUAUCUUUCUCUAGGCCUGGGACUUUGCCUUCAGUUAUAUGCACUUUAAAUCCCAUCAAUAAAGGAAAAAAAAAUCUAACAACCUUUGUGGAAAACUAUAUCUCUCCUGCUGCCUACCUCUCUCCACACCCCAUAGAUCCCGCCAUGUGCUCCUUCGAACGGACAGCAGGGGUGGCCAUCUUUGAAAAGGGAAGUUUGGGAGAUACUGAUGGGACCUUAGUUGUUGGUGAAGCCUUUCUUUGCAUGUUUUCUGAGAAAACAGAAAAAGGAAAACUAUCUCCUCUACCCCACCCCUCCUUCCGUGAGAAGAACCAAGAGAGUCCAGUCAUUUCUGUAUCUUCGUGAGCUUCUUCUUGUUUUGCCCUUGACAAAGAUGGCUCCUGGGUGGUUGCUGGCUCGGUUGAUUCAGUAAUGUAUCCUGUGCCUGCUGAUCCGGCCUGUGCUGCUGCUGCUGCUUUGUACAACCUGAUUUCCUAUGAUUACGGAAGCCUUAUUGGAUUGGUGGUGGCGACGGAAAGGGAAAGGGUGGCCCUUUGGGACUGUUGAUAAAAAAAAAAUGCUUAAGUUUGAACUUG